UUCGUCAGCCAAAUCGCCGGUAAACCGAACCCCUCCUCCUCCUCGCUCUCAUCCUCUGCCAACACCAUGAGUGACGAGGGCGUCAUCUGCGGCUUAGACACCGGAGCGUACCGACCGUUUCCACUCCUUCUUCUGCCAGUGGAGAUCCAGCUCCAAAUCUACCGCUUUGCGUGGAUGACUGGGCCGAUAGAAGAGCACCGCACGAGAGUUCGCGGCAAUGGCCCCGAAUACAUCCUUCGCUGUGUCAAGAACCAAUUGAUCCAGCGUGAAAUGAGCAAGAAAGUCAAAGAGGAGCUCUCGACAGUUUGCACCAUGCGUUCCGUCUGCCGCCACAUGAGGGAUGUCGUUUAUGAAGAGUAUUUCUCUCGUACCCAGGCAGUGUUACAAUCCAACAUUAUUCUAUUGCGACCUUCCCAAAGUGCGAUUAGCAAUGACGUCAGGACGGUGAUCCAUGACUCGACAUUUAUUUCGGAGCACGUCCGACACGCAUGUGUCGUGAUAAAUGAUAUGGAUUUUACUUCUCACAAUGGCCCGGGAGAUGACACAUUGAGAUGGUUGACGAGCCUGAGGAAGUUGACGACGCUGGAAGUUGUGUUCGAACAGUGGCAAGACCUGGCAUCGAGAAAUAGUAUUUUUUGGAGGCAUCCGGGCCUCGAGUCGGCAAAACUUGGGAUUCAGAGUCUACCGCGCCUGGAGAAGCUGGUGUUUAGGCUCAAGUGGGGUCACAUCUACCCACAGGAAGAGGCGAUUUCAUGGGAGGAGUUCCCAUGGUUCCAGGAACUCAGACAGGUGUUCGAGCACGCACCUGUUUCCGAGAACACCGAGCAGCGCUGCUUCAAAUUCAAGAAUCAUAUCGGCGUCACCUAUCCCGACUGGCCGUGUUCCUACGAGAUCUGAGUCCACUCCUCCUCGAUCACAGCCAAAACGGACGCUUCCGCCUCUAUUUUGCCC